AUGAAGAAAGGGACAAAAAAAAACAGCGCUAAGAAGAAGGAGGAAAAGAAGGUUCUCCUAAAGGAGUUGAAAAAGUUAAAGGAAGAUCUGAAUGCAGAAAAUAAAAUUGCCGAUGAGAUUAAGGAAAAAAUUAAGAAUAUAGAUGCAACGGUUUUUUUGGGCUACCAUGACAUAAAGGUUUGCAUCGUGGGAUUGUGCUGGAGGGGGUGCGACAGAAGAAAGCCCAGCAACAGCGCGGCAGAUGGAAAAGGAAAAAUAGAGAAGCACAACUUUCAGGUCCUAAAACUGGAGGAAAAAAAAAAAGAAAUCGAGCUGGAAGAAAACAAGUCCCACAAAAUCCUCUCCUCCAGAAAAGUCGAAAACGUCGUAAACAAAUUUGUGCUCAAAUGUUAUGAGGCCUUUUUAGAGAAUUUAGCCAAAAAUGAAAUCGAGCUGCACGGCUACACCCAAAUUUCGGAGUAAAUGGAUGCGUCUCUUUUUUUCGCCCUCCCCCCCAACUUGUUGUACCCCCUUCGAAGGGAAGAUAAAAAGAAGCAACAGGCAAACAAAGACUACGAGAAACUAACCACCGUGACCAGCAUCCAGCAUUUGAAUAAACUAAACUCUAUUGUCCUCUCGCAAAACGAAAUGAUAGCAGAAAUUAACAGGAGGUUUACCAGCAGCCUUAAAAAGGCCAAGGAAAACUGUUCCAGGAAGAUUAAUAUAGAAAGGGAAAAACUAGACAAGAAGAGGCAAAAAGUCAUUUUCAAAUUGCAGUCCGAAAAGAACGAAGCCAUCAAGUACUGCCAAAAAAAAAAGUUGCUAACUGAAAAUGAGCCUGCCAUUGUUCUUAUGUAAAAAUAUCCUCGCAGGGUACAAUGAAAAAAUCCUCAACAUGCAAAGCUACUUUAAACUAAUUCUGGACGACCAACUAGGAAUCAUUCAAAAGUUGGAGAAUGAAAAGUUGAACAAGAGGAAAAUCUUCCUCUCGAAAAAAAAACACUUGGAAGAAUUAAAAAAGGAUAUGGCAACUCACACAAAAAAAUUAGAGCAACUGGAUAAAGAUGUAGGCAUCCUUGAGAAAAACAUCGUCGACUAUGAAAAGCUGAAAACGGAUUUAAAAAGAAUCAAAGAAAAAAGAAAGAAACAACAAAAGAUCCUAACAGAAUUGAAGCUCGAGGCGGACAUAAAAAAAAUGCUCUUGGCGAAAAUCUCCAAGGAAUACGAAGGUGCAUAUGCGCGAAGUAGGAUGAAGCUGUAUGACUACCUGCAGAGGAUGCUGUUAGAGAACUACUUCUUGGAGACGAAAAUAAAACUGAAGAGCGAAGCCCUGGAAAUAAGCAACCUUGAGCUUUCCAAGUGGAAGGAAUCAGUGGAUCCGGAGCAGAACGAAAUAUUGAACAGAACGUUGGGGGAGAAAUUCUACAAAUUUGAAAAGCUACGGAAGGACGUCGAUGAUUUGAUAGAUACAAAUGAAAAGAACAAAGAAAACUACGAAGCGAUCAUGCACCUUAACUAUUUCUCAAAUGAAGAUCUCGAUAUUUUGAAAAGAGAAAACGUGUUUUAA